AAACGGAGGCGCUGAUUGGAUGGUGCCGGGUUAGGGGCGGGGCUAUGUCGUCACCACGGCGACCGUGACCCGCCCGCGCCCUGAGGGGCGGAGGCCAUGGCCGGGCCGGUGCCGCUGUCCUCCGUCCCUCCCUCCUUCCCUCCACCGCAUCACCUGCGGCACCAACGCCGCUCUUAGCGAUCCCUUGCUUCGCCUUCCCUCUCCCCUCGCCCGCUGGAGCAGCACCGCCCUGUGGAGCCCCGCACGGACUGCAUCCACAGCCUGAUCCGGGUGGAACAUCCCCUUUUUCCCUGUGGUUAUUUCACCCGAUAGCCGCUUUGCUGCGGGCUUUGUGGGUACAGGACAAAACCGUAUUUCUGCUUGGAGCCAAAAGAAGUGUGAAGAGAUGCUGGGGAAACUUAAUGAUUCAUGACAUUUUUACUAACAAAAAAAAAAAAAAGGCCAUGAAAACGUGGACCCGCAGCUUCUGAGCGCUCCUCCUCUUGCCCAUGUCCCUGUGAGAAGCGAUCCAGCAAUAAAAAGCCCGUGGUAAUGAUCCUGGCGCACCAGGAGGGGGUUUUCGCGUCCUUCCGAACAAAACUGUAGGAACGUGAGGCGUCGGGUUUAUCUCUCGGCACCGGGUAUUUACUGUGCGUGUUUCAGGAGCUGCUCAGUGCUCCUUGGCAGCCAGACCUGUUGCCCAAAGGCACGGAUGAGUCCGCGGCCAAGACUAGAUUUUGCAAGCAGGAAAGCCACCCUGCCGCGGGGAUGCAUCACCCCGCGGCUCCCCGGGAAGAGCCGAGCCAAAGGACGGCCGUGGGAGCCGAAAACGCAAAAUCGAGAAGUGAGCCGCGCCUGGGUCUGGCCGGGUGAAGCCUCCGCAGCUGCCAGGGUACGUCCUUGUGAGGGUGGAGAGUUCCAUCGGAGCCCUUUCCCCUCUCGCAUCCACAUGCCACAGCGAGCCCUGGGGCUGCGCUCCUGCCUGCUCUGUCCUUGCUGUCCCUGGGAGGGGACAAAGCUGGGCUUUGCCUCCCUGACUUCUGCUCCGUGUCCCACCAGCCCAAGGAGACGCUGCCAGAGCUAUUUGCUGCUCUUGCUCCAUCAGCACAGAUCGUGAUCCCUCAGCUCGUGCUGACAAGUGGGGAGGGAAAGACAAACAGUGUCCAGGGCCACACUUGCCACUACCAAAGUCAAGGUGACUUUGCUGCUCGCUUGGUUGCAGCCUUUGUUCAGAGCACCCGUGGGUGCAGGGACAGGGUAAGGCUGUGCAGGUGUUGGAAUGAAACCAGGAUCUGGGACUCUGUGUGUUUUAUCUGGAACUCCCUGUGCUGUUGCUGCUCAUGGACCAGCUGUGCUGCUGUAGCCACAGCACCAAUCUGCCUCGAGCUCAGGCUCCUGUGCUUCUCCUUCAUCACAGACAAGAGGCACAGAACUCAACUCAGCUGCUUUCUGCUCAUUCCAUGCCUGAGCCAUUGCUGGGAAAAAUGCCUGCUCACUGGACAAACUUACCUGAAUCCAGCACUGACCUGGCUUGGAGCAGGGGCUGGAGGAGCAACCUCCUGAGGCACCUGAGUGCUGAACCUCAGCAGCCUCCCUCCGUGUCUGGUGCUGGACCCCUCAGCCACAGCAGCCAAGAACUGGUGGAUCUGAAGUCAGUGGACCCAUCUGGACAUCAGGAAGCACAUGCUCCAGUUCCAGAGGCUGAUUCAGAGCUCCUGGGACUGAGGCAAAACAAACACUUGCCCCGAUACUGUGUGCUUAGCUUAGCUUACUCUGUGGCAGCAGAUAAGGGGCCACAGCACAAACCAGAAGGUGUGACCAGCACAUCACCCUGCUGUCCUGCUGAACAAUUAACUCCAAUUUACCAAAAUUGGAGAUGAAGGGCUGCAAGCUGCUUUUGUUGCCUGCGUAAAUGUUAACUACGGUGUAAAUCAGGAUUAUCUCUGAACUCAACACAAUUAACUCUGUUUAAAAAAAAAAACAAACUAAACUGGGGGGGCUGAGCGAGGUAUUGCUGAUGAGUUUACAGCUCUGUUUGUGGUCAGGCUGGUUUUCAUGGCCUGGCAAUCUCUUGGCACAGCAGGAACAGCCGGAGGAGAAUUUGCCAGCACAUGAGGAGAUGCCCCACGGUCUCACAGCCUGGCGUGCUCCUUUGCUCGCCCAGGCACAGUGACACAAGGGACGAGCCUGCCAGGAGCCACAGAGCAGCUAACACAGGCCUGCUGCUGUGGGGAUGCUGGGGUGUGAUGUAAUUUUGUCCUGACCAAAAGUUGCUCCCUGGGCCAGGAUAGGGCAAGGAUCAAAGGGCAGCAGAAUGCAGCCAAGCCAAGCUGAUUGUCUGGGCUUGGUUCGAUAUGUUUAUUCUGUUGGAAGCACUGUGCUCAUUGGGUGUCUGGCUUUAAAAACUGUUUCGUGGUGCUGCUGUCAUGGCCCCUUUGGCUCCAAAAUUCCUGAGAGUCCGUGAGCAAGAGUCUAGUUUUGUUCAGACUCUGGGCUGGAGACCCUGGUGCUGGAAGGAGGGAGCUCAGAGUGUGCUCUGGCAUCGCUGGCAGAGCUGCACUGCACUGGGGUCUGCAGGGAAGGGGUUCUCUGGCUGUCCCUGAGUGUUUCUGUGCCCGAGCAGAGCCAGUUCUGCCAGACACAUCCCACGGGCAUCACCUGUGGACACAGCCUGGCAGCACCGAGAAGAUGUGCUCUGGCUGCACAUCCUGGCAGCCUGGUGCUGGCACGAGCAUGGCGAGGCUUUGCCUCACACCCGGUGAACUUGAUCAGCUUCCCUCCCCUCGCUCAGCUGUUCCACUGCUCAGUAAAGCAAAUGAUCCCCAAAACAAUGAACCUUCCUGGCCCACGCUGCUCUGGGGCAGCAUGAAACUUCCCUGCCAGACAAGGGAGAAAAGCCAGAAUGAACCAGGAGGUGGGGAAUGAGGGGCACAGCUGGAAAACGUCCCCUGCUACCAGGGUUGCCUCUGCCAAACCGGUGGCACGGGAGGCCCGCUGCCAGCAUGGGGAAAUGCUGGGAUAUUCCCGGGCGGGGCCGAGGCUUCCACCGGUGACACUCACGGGGAUUCCGUGCGGAUGCCGGCCUCGUGCCGGAGCUCGGUGUCCCCGGAGAGGGGCCGCUGUUGGGUUUGAUGUGUCGCUGAUGAGGUUGCCGACAGCGAUGAGAUGCCCGAGGUUACCGGCGCGGUGCCCGGUGCCGUGCCGGCGCGGCGGCGGCCCGACGGGGAGCGGAGCCGUGCUCGGGUAGACGGGGCCGACGUGGAGGGGGUUGGGAUGGAGACGCGGUUGGGGACAGGGAUGAGGACAGGGAAGAGGACAGGGAUGAGGAUGGGGGUCCUGCCGCCCUCCCGUCCCCACCCCCGUUUCCACGGCGACGUUGUCAGCCGCCGCCCGGCCACGCCCCGCGCCCCGCCUGGGCCAAUGGCGCGGCGGCGCCCGGCCUGCCCGCCGGUGACGUCAUGGCCGGUGAAAAUCCCCCGUGGCCGCGGGAGCGGCGGUGGCGGCGCGGCCCCGCGGCCCGGCCCGGCCCGCACCAUGGCCAAGCACCACCGCACGCCGGCGCGCUCCGCCGAGCCCGUCAUCGAGGUCAAGAGCAAGUUCGACGCUGAAUUUCGCCGCUUUGCCAUGAAGCGCUCCGGCGCCGGCAGCUUCCAGGACUUCUACCAGCUGCUGCAGACAGUGCACCAGAUCCCGCGGGUGGAUGUGCUCCUGGGCUACACAGACAUCCACGGCGACCUCCUGCCCAUCAACAAUGACGACAACUACCACAAAGCCCUGUCCUCUGCCAACCCCCUCCUCAGGGUCAUCAUCCAGAAGAAGGCAGAGUCUGACGCCAGCGUCUUCGCCUCCAACUCCUUGCAGCGGAAGAAGAAAGGGCUGCUGCGCCCAGCACACUACCGGGCCAAGCCUCACCUCCUCAUCGGGAUGCCCCAGGACUUCCGCCAGAUCUCCUCCAUCAUCGACGUGGACAUCCUGCCCGAGACGCACCGGCGCGUGCGGCUCCACAAGCACGGCUCCGACAAACCGCUGGGCUUCUACAUCCGCGACGGCGUCAGCGUGCGCGUGGCCCCGCAGGGCGUCGAGAAGGUGCCCGGCAUCUUCAUCUCCCGCCUGGUGAAGGGCGGCUUGGCCGAGAGCACGGGGCUGCUGGCGGUGAGCGACGAGAUCCUGGAGGUGAACGGCAUCGACGUGGCCGGCAAGUCCCUGGACCAAGUGACGGACAUGAUGGUGGCCAACAGCCACAACCUGAUCAUCACUGUCAAGCCGGCCAACCAGCGCAACAACGUCAUCCGCAGCAGCAAGGCCUCGGGCAGCUCCGGCAUGUCCACGGACAGCACCCCCAGCCAGCAGACCCCCAGCCCGGCCUCGCAGUACCUGAGCAACUACAGCACGGCCGAGAGCGACGAGGAGGGCGACCUCGUCAUCGAGAGCGACAGCGCCUCCCACUACAUCCCCGGGGGCUGCCCCAACGGGGGCCCCGCCGACGGACCCCUCCGGCGGAGCCUGUCCCCGCACAGCUCGCGGGGCUCCCUGCAGUCCCUCGGCAGCCACGACGGCAGCCCUGGCAGGGGCAGCGGACGGGAGGAUGGCACCCUCCUCACCCUAUAGCCACGGGGGCCUGUGCCACUCGGUGGCCGGCCGGGUUUCCGCUGAUCUGGGCUGGACGUGGACACCGGGGCGAUGACGUAGCCAGCGGGCAGGGGUGGAGAGGGGCUGCCCACUGCCUUCUCCCACCCCCUGUGACCCCGGGAGCCCCACUGUGGGACCCACUCAAUCUGGGCACUGCCCCUCUGAGCGCCCUUGCCUCCUCUUCCAAGCAAGCGGGGGUUUUUAAUUGUUUUAUUGAAAUAUGCAUCAUUAAUAUAUUGCAAUGGACAGUAAAACUUUUUCUAGAAAGCACCAUGCUUGUCCCUGGUUCAUGUCACUGCAGGGAGGAGGGGGACAGCGGGUGGGUACCCCAGCCCUGUGCACGGAAGGCAGUGCCUGGAGGCUGUGGCCUUGACCUUUGCUGCUGUGCUGGGUGACCCCACUGAGACUCAUUGUGCCUGUUCCAGGACACAUGUCCAGGCUGUUUUGGGCAGCCACCUGGCCUGAUGCAGUCAGCCUUGCUUGGUCCCCCCAUUCCCACCUUGUCCCCGCUGCAGGGCCCUCACUAAUGCAGGGGACACCUGGUCUGGCAGCAGCACUUGGCUGUCACUCAGCCCUGCGAACGCUGCUGGGGAUAGUGCAGCCCCAUGCUCCUUCUUCAGCCCCAAGCUUAGGGCAGGGCGGGUCCACACCUGCCCCUGCUGCUCUGCUGGGGCUCCCAGCACCCUGAGUCUCUCUCCCAAGAGUGCCAAGCUAAUGUGGGUCUCACUGCUGCCAAGGGCUUGUGGUGGGACUGGCAAAGAGGAAGACCCGCAGCUCUCAGGGUCUGAAAAGCCAGCACCAGCUCUUUGUUCAGAGCCUCAGGCCGGGCAGGCUGGGAGUGCAGCAAGGGCUGAGGACACUCAUGGCACGCAGCCAGGGCCCAGACAGACCGGAGAGCAGAUCUGGCAGCAGGGCUGGUUAGCCCAGGCUGGAUUUGGGCAGGGAGGUGCCCAGGGGCUGUGCCCAUGGCCCCCAGUCACUCUCAUCCAGCCGGCUCAGCCUGGCUGUGGGGUUUGCCCUGAGGUGGCCCCAGGAGCACAUGAGGUGAUUUUCCAGUUGGCAUCUCACCUCCUCCAGCCCUCCAGUGCCAAAAUAUUCCCCACUCCUUGGCAGCAGCGUCAGCCCUGACAUCCCAGGGCACUGCAGUGUGCCAGGUGGCACAGGCAGGGCUAGGAUACUCCACAAUAUCCCCACCCCACAAAAUCUUGCCCAGGAUGGAGCAACUCCUGCAAAAAGGCAGCUGCUUGGGAGAUCCACACACAGUAUCCCCACCCUGUGUAGCAAAUGGAGACGGAGCAACGGCACAAGCUGCAAGAAGGGAAAACCUGAUGUGAUUUCAGGGAAAAAUGUUCCCCUUGAGGCCAGCACUGUCUGGAGACAGAGCCCCAGCAAGGUGAGGGGGGCAAGCCCCUCCUUGGAGAGUCUCCUAAUUCAGUUGGAUAUGGCUCCAAGCUGUGGCACCAUGCCUCUGCUGAGCAGGAGAUGCACCGAGCCCUCCAGCCAAGAUCCCUGCAAAGGUCUGCACAGGCUCCUGCAUGGCAUCUGAAGGUAAGGCAGCAGUGAGCUCACCUACGUGACAGCACCUUCCAGCCCUGUCCUGCCAGCCUGUGGAUGGAGACCCAGCAGGAUUUUGCACAU